GGGUAAAGCUAAGCUCGCUCUUCCGCUUCUGAUGUGAGUUGUGACAUCCAAUUCUCGCUGCGCUUCUCUUCUUCUCUCUUCGCCUUUCUCACAACCAAUUCUGCUGCCCCUCCCUUCCUUGAAGUUUGCUCUGCUCGCGCCUCGAUCGGGGGCCUUAUUUACCAACUCCAACUCUGCCCAAUUCUCAACAUCCUUGCCCCUCCGAUGAGUGCCGUGAACAUCACCAACGUCGCUGUGCUCGACAAUCCGGCUUCCUUUUUGUCCCCUUUCCAGUUCGAAAUCUCCUACGAAUGCGUUACUUCUCUCAAAGACGAUCUGGAGUGGAAACUCAUUUACGUAGGAUCUGCUGAAGAUGAAACCUAUGACCAACUUUUGGAAAGUGUUCUUGUUGGCCCAGUCAAUGUAGGAAACUAUCGUUUUGUUUUGCAGGCAGACCCUCCAGAUCCUUCCAGAAUUCGCGAGGAAGACAUUAUAGGUGUCACAGUGCUCUUAUUGACAUGCUCUUAUGUGGGUCAAGAAUUUCUUCGUGUGGGCUAUUAUGUCAAUAAUGACUAUGGUGAUGAGCAGCUCCGAGAGGAGCCUCCCCAGAAGAUCAUGAUUGACAGGAUUCAGAGAAACAUAUUAUCCGACAAGCCAAGAGUGACCAAAUUUCCCAUUAAUUUCAACCCAGAAAACAGUGAGAACGGAGAACAAGCACCUUCCCCUGAUCACGUUGCUGAAGCAGAUAAGCAUGAAGAAGAGACGCUCCCCUCAACAAAUAAUAUUUCUGAUAAAGAUGAGCCUAAAACAUGACGCUACUAACUUCUCCAGUCAUCAUGUUGUGCUGUGCUAUCCGCAUUUGACAUUGUUAGUUAAAUUUAGGUCUGAACUAAGUUCUGGCUACUAUUUUCUGUCAUUUUUGGUUCUUGCAUCAGUUAUGCCAGCUGCUGUGCUCAAUACCAUGCACAUCUGAUUCUUAUGCUUCUAACUGAAAUAUGUUUGUUGUUUUAAAACCUUAAAAAUUCUAAGGUGUUCAAGGAUUUGUAUAGUGUCCAGCCUGUUCAACUUAAAGCUAGGAGCCUCUUUUUCUUAAAUUUUAAUUUUA